AUAAUAAUAGCAGCACCAAGCACAGCCGCGCCGCCGCUAUCAAUCAAGCUCACUUCAACGCGUUGAGUACAUAUUGGAUUUUCCCUCCUUUUCGGUGUACCGAUUGUUACUGUUAUCUUAUAUUAUUGUUUAAUUCAUCAUGCGGAAAAUAUCUAAAAGUCGCACGGAUGACGAUGUAGUAUCUUCCACGAAUGGAUCUGUUGUAAACGAAGAACAUUCCACCGACGCGGAACGCCAAGCUGACCCAGAUGAAAAAGAGCCGGAAUCAGAAUCAACCGAUAAUGUCGAAAUAAAUGAGAGUGUUUCUACAAGUUCCAUCAAAGAAUCUUCCAAGAAGGGUAAAGCAAAGAACAAGACUAAGAAAAAGAAGUCCGAAAAAAAAGUGACAGAAGAGGAAUAUGAGGUCGAAAAAAUUGUGGAUUCCAAACGAAUUAAAGGUAAACUGCAUUACCUCAUACGUUGGAAGGGAUAUUCAGCUGACAAUGAUACAUGGGAACCCGAAAAUACCUUAUCCUGCCCUGAGUUAAUCAACAAGUAUAAUGAUGAGAAAGAAAAUUCUAAAACUAAAGAAAGUAAGGCUGAGAAAAAAAAUAACAAAAGGAAAGCUAAAAAAGCACCAAAGACCCCUGCUAAGCGUGCCAAACAUGACUUGGAUGAUAGCAAUGCUGAUGAAAACGCAGAGUAUGAGGUAGAUCGUAUAUUAGAAGUUCGACACAAGAAAAAUGGACAACGAGAAUUUUUUAUACACUGGAAAGGAUGGUCUAGCAAGUUUGAUUCUUGGGAGCCAGAAGACAACUUAAAUUGCCCUGAGUUGAUAAAAAAAUUUAUGGAAAAGGUCUCAAAAGCUCGGUCUGUUGAUUCUCGAAACUUGAGAGUGGCUCCAGAAACUACAAACCGCUUUACAUUACAAGACCCUUCGUCAGGGCGCAGGUUGAGCAAAAGGCGGGGACAGCGUCAGAGGGUGCGUUACGACAAUGCUGAAUAACUAUUACCCCCCCUAUGUUUGAAAUGGUACAGUCAAUGUACCAAAUUGAUCAUUUAUGUAUAAGUUAUAAGGUUUUGCAGUGUUACUUCAUAGAAAUGGCAGAUAUAUUUUAUUUUAUGAAGAUGUUUUAUUUUUACUUUUAAUUGCUUAUAUCUCUAUUAUGUGCAAUGUUGUGUCUAAAAUUUCUAGAUCUAGCAAAGUGCAUGCAUUUGACAAUAUUGUUAUAUGUAUACAGUUGUGGAUGUGCAGCUAGCCAAGGUGUUAUUGAAAAUUGCCACAUUACUUCCAGGUUACAUAAGGGUAAUGAUAAAAGAAGCUCUGUUUGGAUGACAUUUAAUUUUUUGUGUAUGCAUACUAUCUGGAUGUAACUAAGAAUAAGCAGAUAAAUGUUAUCGAAUUUAUUUACAUAAAAAACGGCUUAGAAAGUGGCAAACUUAAAUGAAAAUCCAGGAAUAGUUCAGUGUAUAAGUCACCGCAGAAUUAGUUAACUGUAAAAUUAAUAAUUAAGUUAAUGAUUUAUUUACAAUCAUUUGAAUUGUGUCUGUUGUUAUUUGUUACUCUUUUAAUAUACCAUACAAAACUAACUUUAUUAUAAAUAAAAUAGGAACUCUUACCUCGACAGGUAAAUGUGUCUUGGGGUAAAAGUUUAAACAGGAUCAUAGUUACAUACUUGUUCCCUUGAUUACUGGUGCUAUGUAGUUGCAGUAAUCUGUACAUCUUAAAGGUACAAUUGACUGAGCCUAAGCUGUACAGAACAAACACCAGUACAGAAAAUUUAAUAAUUCUAAAUUAAUAAACAUGUAUUUCUACAAAAAAAUUUCACUUUUGUUUAAAUAAGUGAGUUUAAAUGAGCGACUUGUUUUAAUCUUUCAUAUUUUAACAGUAAGUACAUAAAUUAUAUUAUAAUGGACGCUGGCACAUCAAGCUUUACAAUUUUUGUUAUAGAUUCUCAAUUUUAUUAGAAUAGCGACUUAGUUGAAAAUGUUUACAAGAUAUAGUUUCAGUUUGGGACAUUGUGCAAAUGUGCAGAUUUCUAUAGACACCUUUAUGUGAAUUUUAUAAUUUAAUUUUAGUUAUAACAUAGCUAUUUUAUGGGGUCCCCAUAUCAAGUCCUUUAUAGAAAAAUAAAUAUAAAUAGAUAUAUUUAUCUUUAUCUUGAAAGUAUACAAAGGAAAGAAUAUAAUUUUUAUAAAUAGGUAAUUAUAAAAUAAAAACUAUCUGUCAAGAGGUCUCAACAUGAAAGUACUGCUAUUUUGUUUAAAGUUAUUGUAUCCCUUUUGUCUUGGGACACUUUGUUUUUCACUUAGACAUAAAAAGUAAAUCUAUUUAAUUUAAUUUACUUUCUAUUAAACGGGAUAAAUAACACAAGUGCAGAUAAUAUUUGCUGGUUUCCAUUUUAGAUUUGUUUGGGCCUAGUGAUUUGAACUUUAAUCAAUGCGGAACAUAAAUAUCGAUAAAAUAUGUAUUCUGACUUAUUGUGUUAACUAUGAUUCAUUGUUGUUUAUAAUUAAUACAAACAGCUUAUCCACGUUCUUGAAACCUUGAUUUGUGAUAGAUAUAGUAAAAUAUUUCAUAUUUACUGUUAAAUUUCUAUAGAUCAGUUGAUUUAAGAAACGUAAUGUUUCUCUAUCUUGAAUUUAUAUCGUGUGCUAAAAUUGCUUCAUCUCGAGAUGCGAUUUUUUAUUCGAUUCAUUAUAUAAAGUGCCUAACCACGUUUAAACCUGCUCGUAAAAAUAUAAACUGCAUGGACUAAACCAAGUUAGACAUUAUGUGUGAAAAGUUGUCGGAUUGAGAUGAUACUUGCAAAUGUGAGAAGAGGCAGGUCCUAGCGUUAUUAUUUAGGUAAUCUAUUCAUUGUACUAAAAUUUUGCUUUGCUUUUCUUUACAAAAGAUAGUACCUCUAUGUCAGUCUAAGUGAAUAGAAGUGUAUGUACACUGUAUGUGUGAUUAGAAUGAAUGUAUACAGUUUUUGGUGGGAGUAGGCCCAAAAUUAACAGACAAAUUGUAUGUUUUGAUGAUAAGAAUCAGCAAUAAAAAAAUUGUAAGAGUAUGUCACGCGACGUGUCGGAUCCAAAUUCCGCAUACCUAGGGUGAAAGUCUCGACAAUAAUAAAUAACGACUGAAAUAAGUUGUUUAUAUGUUACUUUCUUUAAUAGAUAUUAAACUUUAUUGCAGACGGAUAAGGUUCAAAAUCUAUUAAAGAAAUUCGCAACUAAACGAUCGAUUUAUAAUCAGUCAAUGUUGGGACGGCAGCCAAAACGAAGACUUUAAAAUGUAAACACCUACAGUAAAAGCACAGGUAGUGGAACUCGUAGUUUGGAUGUAGUGUUUUUUUUUUCUAUAUAAAUAUCCAAUAUAUUAGUAAUAUAAUAAGUAUAUAAACUUUUUCUCUGAACUUUCUAAACUUUAUUUGACUGACACUUGACACUUGCAUUUCACCUGCGGCUUCACACACGAUUCUUAAGAGGUUAGAUUAAAAAUGCAUGAUUUUUUGUCAGUCACAAAUAGUUCGAAUUCCGCAUACCAAUUUUUAGCCUUAAUUCCGUUAAUUCAGUAGUUUCAUCCAAACAAACAAACUUUCACAUUUAUAAUAUUAGUGUGACAUUAGUACGAUAUAUUAUAUCGUAAGAAAAUUAUUACAUGUCAUGGCAUGUUAUAAUUAUGAUUAUAUUAGAUUCGAUCCGAAUUCUGGCACCGAUUGUGUACAACCAUGUCAUUGUCCACCACUGGUGCUUUUACUGUAAUCCUAAUUACUAUACUUAAUAGCGGUAACAUUAAGUAUAGUAUACUUCUAUUUAGUAUUAUAGUCUUUAGUAUUUGGAAGUUUGUAUAAAAUUGUUCCAAAGAUAUAUUUAUGUAUUUUAAACGUUUUGCUGCUGUAUUAAUUUCAUCAAAGUACUUUUUAUUUUGUAAAAAUGGGCAAACUUCUACUUUAGGCACAUAUAUAUUAUAUGUUUUAUAAACGUAAGUGGUUUCAUGUGUGUAUUUUAUGUCUAAAUUGUUACAUUGAGGUAGAUAAACAAUUAAAGAAUAAAUGAAUAUGAAUAUGA